ACAGAAGAAAUGAUUUCGAAUCUCAUUCUCGUCCCCAAUGCGAAAUAGCUGAAACCUGAGAAACAGUCUCAGCUCUUUUGUUUCAAAGCAUCGAAAGAUCGAAACCCUAAGGUCCCCAAAUUCUCAAAUUCACAAUUCAGAUCUCAUUCUCGUCCAUCAUCAGGUUCGCGGUUGAUAUUCCAUCGCCGAUUCACCGUUGCCGCCACCUCGUCAUUGUCGUACUAGCCGGGAUUCUGUUUCAUGACUUCGUUUUCCCAUUUUCCCUUUCUUCUGUUGCAUUAUUAGGAUUAUUCUAUCAUAUGGUUGAUGGUUUUAAGAGUAUGAUGGCAUAAGGUAAAUAUCAAGACCGAAGUUUUGACUAUAAGAGAUGUAGAAACCAGAAUAUGCACAUUCCUUCUUCAAUUCUCAAGCCCCUAAUUGAUUUGGUUGCUUGAAAAUGGAAUCCGAAGCACAAAAGGGUACUGUAAACCCAUCUGCAAUGCUGGCCUCGCUGCUUAGUAGGAGAGCCAAGCUCCACGAUGAGCUUCGCAGCAUUGAAAAACAGGUCUAUGAUAUGGAGACAAGUUACUUACAGGAUCCUGGGCAGUGUGGAAAUGUAUUGAAAGGAUUUGAGGGAUUCUUGUCUUCCUCAAAGAACACUGCACUCUUGAAGCGGUCUAGAAAGUUUCAUCCUGAAGAUAGGCUCUUUUCAUUGUCCUCAGUAACCUCACAAGCGGCAGAAGAGCUUGCAGCUGGACGAGAUGAUGGGAGAUCUGAUUUUGGUCCUGGUCGUUCAAAAGGCGGAGGAAUUUAUGCGCAUGGACCGGGUAAACCAAAGAGGGGAAGAGGCGGACCAAGAGAUGCAAAGAGACUAAGGCAUUCAAGUGAUCAAGACUUCGAUUAUGAAGAUGAUCCAGAUUUGAUAUUUUGACUGAGAAUGUUCGUGUUAAGUUUUCUAUUAAUCUUAAUGGGAAGAUUCUGUUCUGAUAGGUAGCGUUUAGUUUCUGAGAGACAAUGGGGAUAGAAAUAAGGUAUUAAGAUUCAAGAUAGAAAUCAAAUACUCUAUCAUAUUUAAUGGAUGUGUAGUUGGUGCUCUCUAGCUGUGCGCAUAUGAACUAUUGAUAGUUCUUUUGGCAUGUUUAUGACAAUGCUCUUUCUAGUGUUAUUUCUACAAGGGGGAAAUAUUUUGCAAAGACAUUUUAUUCAGUAAAAUAUACAUGCUCUAAU